GAGGGUGACUUCCCUGCGGUAUGGGAGUGGGUGGGCGUCAGGAGUGAGUGGUGGGUGUCGUCGCCUGCCUCGGAGUACAAAGUCCACCUCCGCCGCGCCGACAACAUGAGGUCGCCCCGCACUUCGCAGCCACCAGUGUCUGCCGGCUACAGCAGCAGCAGGAACCACAGUGGCAGAAGAAUGACCGAGGCUGAAACUCCAACGCAGCAGCAGGCGGCCAGCAGGGAGGGCCAAAAGCUGGCCGUGGCCGAUCUGCAGGCGGUGAAGUGGGUAGCUGCGCAGGGCGGCGUGCGGCGCUCCUACGACGCCCUGUCGCCGCGCUACAAGGCCCUGCGGCAGACCACCGUCCUCGGCUGGUUCAUCGUCUUCUACGAGUCCGUGGCGGUGUGGUGGUGGACGUUCCUGCACAACCUGCCGUGGCCGGAAGCGCUUCUCACCCUGCUCAGCGCCGUGGACACCCGCCUCGUGGCCCUCCUGGAGGCGACGCAGCAGAGGCUCGAGUGGUGGUGGGACGCGACUGGGGUGCGACUCAUGUGGCUUCGGGAAAGUAUCAUGAACUUCCUCGACAGCGCCCUCACCAGGAUCGACUCCUUCCUUCUCAAGGUCCAGGACUUGGUCAUCGCCAUCGUCACCUUCUUCCUCAAGCCGGUCGCCAACGUCUACAGACACGUUGUGCCGCCCACCAACCCCGAGGCAGCGGCACUCCAGCGGCUGAAGAACGACCAGGGGAGUGACGUGAAUGACGACGAGGAUACGGAGUUCGGCGACGAGUACCUGUCCGACGCCUCCACCGACUCCCGACGCAUCCUGAAGGGCGGCGCGCACGGCAUGUUUUUCGACCGCCAGGACACCACCGCCAUGGCCGAGGGCAAGUUCAGGGCGGCCAUGUACCGCAGGGUUAAGAAGGAGCUCCGCGUCAUGAGGAAGAACUCCGUCAGGCUCUCUUACGGCAUUGUAACGUACGCCAAGCAAAUGGUGGAGCCUCGAAUGCGACCCUACGCCGACUCUUUCCAGGCCUCAUGUCAAAAGUGGGCAAGGGAGCACGAGAUUCAGGAGAUGAUGAGGCCCCUGCAAGAGGAGUGGAACAGCAGCAAGCCGCCCCUCGCCAAGAUGCUGUCGCUCGUUCAGGCUCUCUGCGUCGUCUGCCUCGCCUUUUUGCUUCGUCUAGCGAAAGGAAAGAAGAGCCGUCGAACUCGGUCGAUGCGCUCCGAGAGUCUUCGCCGAAGGGCUCAAAAUCUAGCCUGCACCAACAACAGCCAGUUAUCUCUAAGCCCUACAGCCCUUCAGCAGUCAUCCGAGCCAGCGCCGUCUCGCCCCCUGGGAGUCCCGGAGACUCUCCCGGAGCCAGCCCUGAAGGAAGACGACGAGUAUUUGGACGGUUCUCCAGCAAAAGACAGCGCUCUGGGAAGUGAAGAUAACCGCUCCGACCAGCUGGACAGCGACCACACCAUCUCCCCCAUCGACGAGGAACACGACUCUGAGAACGACAAGAACGUCAAGAAGGCCCCGGAAAUUAACGGCCCAGGCGCACUGAGCAAAUGUACAAACUCGUGUGUGGCGAAAAAAGAUGGGCAUGUCUCCCCCAAGCAGAAGAAGGGCGUCACCAUCAUGGCCCCGCUCACGACGAACCACAACAGCCAAUGGAAAGCCAAUAAAACAAAGUGAUCACGAGAGUGGGUUAAGCUAAGUGCUAUCAUGUAAAAAGCUCUCCAUGUUUCUUUAUAUAAUGUAUUCCGUUACGUUCGUCCGUAUCCGCCCUCGGCGUCAGCAGAGCUGCUUGCUGCCUCAUGCUCUAGCUUGCCAGCUAAACGAUUGUUCUUGUAUAUAAUUUUAGCCUUAUGGGAUUUGUACUUACCCGAGACACGCAAAAACUCUCACUCGUAGCAAGCGUUCCCACCAAGGCCGGAGUGUGGUGUAUCCUGACGCUCACUGUCUGGCCGCUUCCCUUAGUGGCAUAGGAACAAGGUGUCGCCUGCCGCAACGCUGCACAUUUCGAAGGAGCCGUUAGCACAGCGACAGUGAGCCGUGCCCGAAACUGACAUCGACCACUGAGCCGCUGCUGCUCCCCGCGGAUGAGAAGACCCGCUGUUGUGUGACCCAUUUACUCCAGGUCUUGGAAUAAUUCUCGCCUAACGCUUUUUUUAUUUUUUUACAUCUCAGUAGCGAAAAAAACAUUGAUCUUCCACUUCAUUUAUUAUUUCAUCAGCGCAACGGGAGAUGUAAUUAGAGGAACUUUUUUUUUUUUCAAACAGCUACACCUGUCUCCUUAACUCACGGCAGGCGCCUAAAGCCAUGUUUAGCGGAACAUUAAACUUUAGCUGAUAUUAUAUAUAUAUAUAUAUAUAUAUCUAUAUAUAUCUAUAUCUAUAUAUAGAUAGAUAUAUAUAUAUAUAUAUAUAUAUAUAUAUAUAUAUAUAUAUAUAUAUAUAUAUUACUCUCGGUCAGAAAUGUAUAGUUUCAGUGUUAAGUGGCAUGUUUCGACAUAAUAAGAUGUGGCUGCACAAACUACUCGCCUUCGCUAAACUGCAUCCUUACUUACAAGAAUGGCACCCAAGGCCCACAGCCCCGAGCCUUGGGUCGCCGCGGCAUUCCUCCAGACAAUGGCACGAGCAGGGCCAGGAAGGCGUAUCUUCAUUCACCAUUCCCCCGCCUCUGGCUGUGAAGCGCUGAGGCAGGCUUGUCAUUGUAUAUUCCAAGGGAGCGGUCAGGCAGCUUGCGUCUGAUAAUGCCUCAUUCCCGCGUGCCAGUUUCACCAGUUCGGAGCAGACGAGUCUGUUCGGGAUUGUCCAGCUUAUAUACUUAACGUUGCUAACAGCAAACUUUCCAUAAAGUUCGUGCAGGUUUGGCAACACAUUUAGUGUGGGAAAGUUUUUUUAUGAAGAAAGUUUUGAAUUUUUUAAACAGUUGGUGAUGUCUGAGAAGUAGGAUUAUGCUAAGGCCGUUACCCGAGCCGCCGCGGGUCCCACGCCGACCCUCCAGGCGAAGGAUCGGAAGCUUUAAUGAGUGUUGAUGUUUACUGUUGUCUGGCCGGUGCUUGCCUUCUUAUAGCUGCUGUUAUAGGUCCUAGGCUUCAAGCACUGCACGCCGCGGCCUUACCUGCCCAUACUCUGAACUGUUGAAUUUUAAUGGACUUCAUAAUAUUUUCGUUUCCCUGAUAAUACUUUCUCCAUUGUCCAGCCUGUUAGAUUACCAUAAUGCAAUUGUUGAAUUAUUGUGAAGAAAACGUCUUUUUUAUAAUAUAUUGUAAAUGUGUAAAUGCGUUUCAGUUGAAUGCUUAUAAAAAUAAAAUACCUCUGACACAUCUCCGAGGAGUGAGUGUGUCAGGGUGGAAUCAUC